AUGACAAACCGUCGCCGCCGCCAAGUCCGCUUUGGCAGCAACCUGAGCUCCUCGCUGCAGCUGGACCUCACAGAGCUCAUCGGAGUCCCCCUGCCCCCCGCCGUCUCCUUCGUCACUGGUUUUGAGGGAUAUCCGGCCUACAGCUUUGGACCCGGGGCCAACGUGGGGAGACUCACCAAAUCCUUCAUCCCAGAUCCAUUUUACUACAACUUCGCCAUCACCGUCACGGCCAAACCCACCGCCAGGACCGGAGGAGUGCUGUUCGCCAUCACUAAUGCCUAUCAGAAAAUCGUGCAGCUGGGCAUCUCUCUGUCGGAGGUGGAGGACGGUUCUCAAAGGGUGGUCCUGUUCUACACGGACACGGGCUCCGGUUCCACUCAGGAGGCCGCUUCAUUCAAGAUGGGAGACAUGACGGGUCGUUGGGCACGCUUCACCAUCACUGUGCAGGGAGCCCAGGUGCGCUUGUUCAUGGACUGUGAGGAGUACCAUCGGGUGGACUUCCUCCGGAGCGAUCGGCCUCUUACCUUUGAGCCCAGUUCUGGCAUCUUUGUGGGGAACGCGGGAGGAACCGGACUGCCUCGCUUUGUGGUGAGUCUGGGUCUGUCUAUGUCCAGGGACGGGACCAUGACAGUGUUAAAGCUGGGCUCGGCUCUGGUUGUGUGCACACUCUUGUCCUCCUCCCUCUAUCACUUUAUGCGGUGGCAGCUGGUCUAUGGCUUCUAUCUGCUGCGGGCUUUUCUCUACAACGUUAAAAAGAGAAAACAGGGAUGUGCUCAUGUCUACGACGCAUUUGUGUCCUACAACGUUCACGAUGAAGACUGGGUUUACGGAGAGUUGGUGCCUGAACUGGAGCAGCGGCAGAGAUGGAAGCUGUGUCUGCACCACCGCGACUUUGAACCGGGGAAACCCAUUAUUGAGAACAUCACAGACGCCAUCCACAGCAGCAGGAAGACUUUGUGCGUGAUCAGCCGCCACUACCUGCAGAGCGAGUGGUGCUCACAGGAGAUCCAAAUGGCCAGCUUCCGUCUGUUUGAUGAGAAGAAAGACGUUCUGAUACUGUUAUUUCUGGAGGAGCUUUCAUCCAAUCAGCUGGCUCCAUUCUACCGCAUCAGGAAGUUAGUGAGAAGCCGCACCUAUCUAAGCUGGGACCAGGCCCGAGGAGACAAAGCCCUGUUCUGGGAGAAAGUCCAAAGAGCUCUGGAGAUAGGGGACAACCUUGAAUAG